UCAUAAAGUCGCAGAUUUCAAAUAUACGCCCGCUAAUUCCAUUACUCCAACUCUUCUUCUUGUUUGUUCUCUUCAGCUGCAACUUACUCACCUGCUACAACUCAAUCCAGUUCUACUGCUACAUCUCCUUUCAUAAAAUCGAAAACUAGGGUUAGGGUUUUCAUUUUCGGUACUAGACGGUCAUGGAGGCCGCAGUGAUCGAUGCCGGCUCAAUGCUCCUCAAGGCCGGUUUCGCAGUUCCCGAUCAACCUCCUGCAUUGAUAAUUCCCACACAGAUGAAGCGAAUGCUUGAUGAUGGGUCAGGAAAUGAUAAUCCAGCAAUAGAUGACUUUGCGGUUGAUCCGGUGGUGAGAGGUUUUGUAAGUGAUUGGGAUGCCAUGGAGGAUUUGUUGCAUUAUGUAUUGUACACUGGGCUUGGAUGGGAAAUGGGAAAUGAAGGCCAGAUACUAUUUACGGAUCCACUUUGUACCCCAAAGGCUAACAAAGAACAGUUAGUGCAACUAAUGUUUGAAACAUUCAACAUAUCAGGGUUUUAUGCAUCGGAACAGGCAGUGUUGUCGCUAUAUGCUGUGGGACGUAUCUCUGGAUGCACAGUUGAUAUUGGUCAUGGAAAAAUAGAUAUUGCACCAGUAAUUGAAGGUGCUGUUAACCACAUUGCCUCAAGAAGAUUUGAGUUUGGAGGUACUGAUCUGACCAAUUUCCUGGCACAAGAACUUGGCAAAUCCAAUCCACUAGUCAAUAUCAGCUUGUCUGAUGUUGAGAAAAUAAAACAACAAUACUCGUGUUGUGCUGAAGAUGAAUUAGCUUAUCAGAAGACCCGGAAUUCUUGCCCUGAGGAGAAACAUACCCUUCCUGAUGGACAGGUGAUAACAAUUGGAAGAGAAAGAUAUACUGUUGGUGAAGCUUUAUUCCAGCCAUGUCUAUUGGGUUUGGAGGCUCAUGGCAUUGUUGACCAGCUUGUUCGAACUAUUUCAACUGUGUCAUCUGAUAAUCAUCGGCAACUCCUGGAAAAUACUGUGGUCUGUGGUGGCACUUCUUCUAUGACUGGGUUUGAAGAGAGAUUUCAGAAGGAAUCUAGCUUGAGUUCAUCUGCUAUUCGACCUAUGCUGGUUAAGCCUCCGGAAUACAUGCCAGAAAAUUUAACCAUGUAUUCUGCAUGGGUGGGAGGGGCCAUACUAGCCAAAGUAGUUUUUCCUCAAAAUCAGCAUGUAACUAAGGCAGACUAUGACGAAACUGGACCUUCGGUGGUUCAUCGGAAAUGCUUCUAACAGAAUUCAUCUGCACGAUUUCUUCAAAUCGCCAGUUCCUAAGCACUUUUAUUAGAGCAUGUGGUAGGCCUCGAUUAACUUUAUAUUCUAAAUGCUUGUUUUAGUAGAUGUCUAGCUGUUUUUGCGAUUUAAAAUAUUUUGGUGGAUCUCCAUUAACUUAAUCCAAUCAAUGUUUCCUUCCACCAAUGUCCAUGGUUGAUGCUUUUGGUAGAAAUUUCUUAGAGAGAAAAUCAUGUAAACACGUAUGUCUGUGGCAAUAGCAGGUUGCUUAUCUUUGUAAUGAGUAAGCCCGAAAAGGGAUUGUUC